AUUAAUCGUUUUUUUAAAAUUGAAAAAGUAAACAACCAAUUAAGUUUUUGUGUGUUAAAUGAAUGAUUUAUAAAAAAAAAAAAUUAUUAUAAAUUUUUAUUGUAUUUUAUUAAAAUAUAAACAUUGUAUUAUGGCCGAAAAUAUUAAAAUUGAUACAGUUUCUAAGGAAGUUGAAACGCUUGAUAUAUAUAUGAAUGUUGCUAAAUUUGAAGAAGAACAAGCAUUAAACCGAAAUGAAAAUAAAGACUCCCAGAUUUAUUUUAAUACUUUACACAAAUGGCAAGAUAUAAUGAAGUGGAAUCAUGAAUUAAAAACCAAAGAUAAUCCAUCGAAAGAAAAACUUGAAGAAUACAAAAAUGAUGCGGUUCAUAUAUUUUUAAUUUUGAAAAAAUUAAAUAGAUUAGAUAAAAUUCGGUCAAAACAAAAAAAAGAUUUGCUUAAUAAAAAAAAACAAGAAAUUGAUAGUAAACAUUUGCAACAAGAAAAUUUAUUAAAUGAAUUAUUUUACUUGAAGAAAGAGAUUUCAAAAUGCUUACAGUAUAAAUCUAUUGAUAGUGAAAUUGAUCUUGUACCAUUAGAAUCAUUUAGUAAAGUUGCUAAUUUAUCAAAUGAAGACAUUGAAAAAUUUCAAAAUGGAAGUAUGAGUGAACAUGAAUUGCAUGUUAAACGUUUGCAAUAUGAACUUGAACAAAGACAAACUCAACAAAAACAAUGUGAUGAAGUUGAAAAAAAUAAAGAAAAAAUAUUAUUUGAAAUUCAAGAAGAAAGUCGAAUUUUACAGGGUAUUUUGCCUAUGCUCAAAGAUAUACAUAGUGCAUCAUUACCUCUGCAACAAUGUUUUGGGCUUGAUCCAUGUCAAGUUAAAUCUUAUCCAGAUAAUGUAAAUUUAUUACCAAAACCACUGUAUUAUUUGUAUAUUCAAACAGAUGCAUUUAGGGAAGCAACUAAUAAAUCCGUUUUGGUAUCCACUGAUGGCGACGAAGAAGAAGCCAGGCGAUUUGACGCAAAUAAAAAUCAAGCCAUUGAAAUUAACUCUGAUGAAGAAUUAGAUAUGCCAAAACCGAAAAAAAGACACCAUAAAAAAUCUAGAAUAGAUACCAAAGAUGUACAACAAAGAAGCUUACUAACUAAGCAUCCAUUAUCUGUAAAAUUAACUAUAAAUUUGCAAAACAGUACACAAUUUGUCAUAGAAUUUUUUUACUUGGUAAAUCUAAAUAUAGUUACUGUAACGGUAACAUCUUCAUGGUCAGGGUUUUCAUCGUCUUACUCUAGAGAGUUACUAUCACCUAUAUCAAUACUUGACUCAUUAUUCCCAGGAGAUAAUGGUAAUGAAAGCCCAAACAUCGUGAAUUAUCAUCAAUUAGAUGAAAUGACUGCUGAGUUCAACUCUUUAGAUGUAGGAAAACCAUAUAUAUGGGCACAAAAUAUUUGUGGAUUAGAUUUUCUUAACUGUGAUAAACCUGAUCAUUUAGUUUCAAGAAAUCACAUUUCACUAGUCCUAAAAGCUAUUGAUAAUCGUGUUAAAACUAGAAUCUCUUUAAUUUCUCAACUUGAUUGUAGUGACUUGGAAAGAAGAUUCAGCAUAAAUGGGGUUAAUUUGACUUCUGUAUUAUCUCCUUGGAAUACUAUGUCUUGGGACAAUUAUAACAAAUUACAGUACUGUAAAUCACAUGUUCAAUCUGGAAUAGUUUCGGAACAAGAUUUGUUAUUUAAACGAGUAGUUAAUUAUAAGACUGCGGCAUUGACAGUUGUUAUGGCUAUUAAAUGUGAUUAUCCUGUUAGCUCUCCAAUAUUUGCUCUUCAGUUGAAUAUGCCUACUGUAAAUGAAGGAACAUCUGUACUGAACUCUACAAACAAUAAUUCAAUAAGAGAACUUGAAAGGGAGAUUAAUAUUUUUAAUGAACCAAAAGAAGAUAGUAAUGUCAAUGAAAUGCUUAUAAAUCUUAUUGGUCGGCUUGUAGUUUGUUUUGAAGUAAUGAUGGAAACCUGGGGACAUCCAGAUUUUCCUAAAACAAAAACAGUUUUGUACAAUAUCAGGGGUAGAACCAGAAGUCAUCCAUUUAAAGUCGUUAAACACCAUUCAGGAAUAUUAUUUGAACAUCGUUAAAUUAAUUUCCUUAGAUUUAGUGCUUACACAAACUUUUAUAUAAUGAUUACCUAUUAAAUUUAAUUUUGAAUAACUGCA